GUGUGUGUGUGCUGCUGAGGGGAGGUGGCAGCCGGGACCCACCGGUUGUUCCCAGAGGACGGGCACUGUUCAGCCUGUGAGACGCCACAGGACGCGCUGUCCGAGGUGUGUGAACGUCAGGUGUUGGGGUGAAACGCUGCUGUCACCCUCCACAUGUGCGACACGCGGACACACACCUGCUAUUAUGUGGAUGCCAGUGAGACGUGUGCGCGUCCUGCAGCCUGGUAUUAAGGCCGCUGACGGUGUGAAAGCCACCCGUGUCCCUAUAAUGCCAGGCUUUACAACCAGUGUGUGUCUGUCAUCUGGCAGAGCGACAAACACAACAGGGCUUAAACCACCUAUUAUUAACACUAGCAGACACACAAACACACCCCUGGUCUCAGCUGGUCGGUGACUAAGUUCAGUUGGCGUUUCCUCUUUGUUCCAGUCACAGAUCUGCACCAGCCAAGAUGAUGGACGAGGAGGCUACUAAGCGCUACUGUUACGGGCGGAGGCCUCCGGAGGUAGGAGCCAGAGACGUCCAGGUGGAGAGAGAGGUCGCCAUCCUGCCACGGAGGAGGACGGAUGACCAACAGGACAGCAGUGCGUCAGCAGAGAUGGCGCCAUCGGCCUCAUCCUCCUGCUGCUGGCCUUGUAUCAGGUCAAAGGUCAGAUGUCCUCGACCUCAGGGACUCUUCAGCCUGCUCAUAACCAAAGCGUGUCUCUUCGCUCUGCUGUUCGGGGUCGUCUGGUCCAUCACAGGAAGUGAGUGUUUACCUGGAGGGAACCUGUUCGGCAUCGUCAUCCUCUUCAUCUGCUCGGUGCUCGGAGGGAAGCUGGUGGGAAUGAUCCAGCUGCCCACCCUGCCCCCCUUCCCUCCUCUACUUGGCAUGCUGCUGGCAGGUCUAGUGUUGCGUAACGUUCCCUACGUAACUGACGCCAUCUUCAUCGACACUCACUGGUCUGCAGCGAUGAGGAACGUCGCCCUGUCAAUCAUCCUGACCAGAGCCGGGCUGGGCCUCGACCCCCUGGCGUUGCGUCGUCUCAAAGCGGUGUGCGUGCGUGUUGCUGUCGGCCCCUGCGUGGUGGAGGCCUGCGUUGUGGCUGUGGUUUCUCACUUCCUGCUGGGUCUGCCUUGGGUCUGGGGAUUUGUCCUGGGUUUUGUCCUGGCCGCAGUGUCUCCGGCAGUCGUCGUGCCUUCGAUGCUCCUCCUGCAGAGAGAAGGAUACGGAGUGGAGAAGGGAAUCCCCACGCUGCUGAUGGCUGCUGGGAGCUUCGAUGACAUUCUGGCCAUAACAGGAUUCUCUACCUGCCUGGGAAUCGCCUUCUCUACAGGUUCCACGUGGAUGAACAUACUGAAAGGUCUGCUGGAGGUGGUGGGAGGGGUCGUAGCUGGGCUGAUCCUGGGCCUGUUCUUGUGCUGCUUCCCCAGCAAAGACCAGGAGGACCUGGUGUUGAGGAGGACUCUUAUGUUGUUGGGUCUGUCCACAUUCUCCAUCUUCUUCAGUCAUGUUAUUGGUUUUGCCGGAGCUGGUGGCCUCUGCACGCUGGUGUUGGCCUUCCUGGCUGCUCUGGGAUGGAAAACUGACAAGGCUCCAGUGGCAGCCAUGGUGGGUCAGGCAUGGGAUGUGUUCCAGCCUCUCCUGUUUGGUCUGAUCGGAGCAGAAAUCACCAUAAUGGCCCUCAACCCCAGAACCGUGGGUCUGGGUCUGGCCUGUCUCAGUCUUGGCCUACUGAUCCGUCUGCUCGUUACCUUCCUGCUGGUUCAUUUUGGAGGAUUCAACCUGAAGGAGAAGCUCUUCAUUGCCGUGGCCUGGCUACCUAAAGCAACCGUACAGGCUGCUAUCGGCUCGAAGGCGUUGGACAUGGCAAGGGAGGAAGGGGACGAUGCCUUAAUAAAGUUUGGUUUAGAUGUGCUAACGUUAGCCGUCUUAGCCAUCCUAACGACGGCUCCCGUCGGAGCGCUGGGUAUCGGCCUGGCAGGGCCACGCCUCCUGGCCCAACAGGUCAAAGCAGAUGAAACUGAGGGCGAUGCCACGACUCCAAGCAGUAACGGGAUCCGUAAAGAAAAGGACUGCGUGGUCUUUGAGAGCCAGCUCUGAGGCCUCUGAUUGGACAAGCUGAAGGAAAGUACACGUGCCACAUAGGUGUUAAACUAAAUGUAGCUGUAAAACAUUUAACUGCAUUUCUCACAUCUUAACGCUAGCUUUUUACUAGCUACUGUCGUUACGUGAACAUUCAGCUAUAGACUGUUCACUCUGCUGUACGUGACGCGAAGAUUAAUGACUGUGUUGCUUGAUUGGACGACGUUAGAAGCUCAGUUCCAAAUUUAAGUGGGUCAAACCAGGCUAAGCUCAGUGGAUCAAAUGUAUAAAGAAAGAUAUCGGGUUUAACUAAAUUGUUAAUAUACGAACAUUGUUCACCAAAUGCCUCUAGUGACCCCUGCUGUUCAUCUGCUUCUAAGUGAGGUCUUCUCUUGUUGGUGACGUAGGACAUGAGGCGUCCAUACGUUUUCUCUUUAUGCACUUCUGUAUAAUUUAACCCCAAGUGAGUUUUCUCACUGGACACUUGGAUGUAAAUGUGUAUUUACAACAACAUUCACAUGAUGUGACGCUCAAUAAAAGCUCAGUCAGUAACAA